UUCAUUAAAUUUGACGUGUCGUGUCGAUGUCACACGUGGUAAUUUUCUCAAACACUUCUUCAUUAAAUGAGAAUCUUUUGUUCGUCACCGUGGCGAUUGGGUGUGGUUCCUGCAACUACGCAUAUUUUUGAUCUUAGGGACUGCGUACGCGUUGCCCUGUUUCUCUUUUAUGUCCCAAAUCCUUGUGAUUAGCGUAGAAGGAGUGUAAUAACUCUGCUCAGAGCCAUAUAUUGAAUGAAUGAAUUAAUUCAUUAAAUGAGUGUUGGGAUAAGUAAUUUUCCUGCUACGUGAUUGAUAUAUUGUUAGAGGAUUUAUCACGUUAUACCCACUUUACACAUGACGUUAGGACCAAAAAUCACCUGAUUAAAAGUUUCAGUCGAAUCGAUAGGUUUUCUUGAUAGAACAAGGCAGAUAGUAAUAAACUCAUUUUCUACUGACAAUGGCGCCAGCAAGUGAGGAUGAUAUUUUAACCAUAGGCAGUGUUCUGAAUGAUUCUGCUAAACCUCUCACAGAACGAUUCCAAGCUUUGUUCGCAUUGAAAGAUAUUGGUGGUGCAACAGCCAUAAAUCAGAUUCAUGCUUGUUUCAAAGAUCAGUCUGCAUUGUUGAAGCAUGAGUUGGCUUAUUGUUUGGGUCAGAUGCAAGAUGCUGCAGCCAUUAGUAUCUUAACCAGUGUCCUGGAGGAUUUGUCGCAAGAGCCAAUAGUACGUCACGAAGCAGGAGAGGCAUUGGGUGCUAUUGGUGAGCCUACUGUGAUUCCACUACUAGAAAAAUACAGCAAAGAUCCUAUACCUGAAGUAGCAGAGACCUGUGAGUUGGCAUUAAGCCGAUUUAGGUGGUUGGAGUCCAACAGUAAUACAGAGGACUCACAGAAGAACUCAUACUGGACUGUUGAUCCUGCACCACCUGCCGAAAUAACAGAUGUGGAUGUCCUGAGGGAGAUCCUGUUGGACCAAAGUGAAUCGCUGUUCAAUAGAUAUAGGGCAAUGUUCUCGUUGAGAAAUCUGGGUACCACAGAGAGCAUUCUCAUCCUCACUGAAGGUUUGAAAGUGGGCAGCGCCUUGUUCAAGCACGAAGUGGCCUUCGUAUUGGGGCAACUUCAGCGGAAGGCGUCUGUGCCGGGACUGCAAGCGUCGUUGGAGGACACGGACGAGAACGAGAUGGUCAGGCACGAGUGCGCGGAGGCCUUGGGCUCUAUCGCCACUCCCGAGUGCUACGAGAUAUUGAACAAAUACCUGAACGAUAGCAACAGAGUUGUCCGCGAGAGCUGCGUGAUUGCCUUGGACAUGUGCGAGUAUGAGAAUGAUAUGGAAUUACAAUACACGAACAUGUUCGCCAAGCUUUCUUGCACGUAAAGCUCUCUUCAGCGUAACGUUCGUCUUCGGCAUGCGCUUGUCUCCGCUGAAAAAGAAGAAAAAUGCAGAUCACUCUUUCAGCACCCAUGUACAAGUUUCCACACGUCCAACCGGAAACGUUCCAGUGAAACAUUGAAUAACGAAUCGAUAUAUUCCGCAUA